AUGCAAAGCUGCAAAGUCGGAACGCUUGUUGCGCACGCGAUCAGCAGUCGUCAAGGCUUGCUGACCCGCCACUACAACACGGCACCUCAUGCUCGGCCGGCGGACCCGCCCCUUCUCUCUCCGGCAUCUGACGACAAAGACCGCAAGCGUGGCUUCACGCUGACGUUUGUUGACAAAGCCGGGACAAUCAAAUUUGACGAGAAGGAGUCUGGCAUUCACGGGCUUCAGCUGCAACUCUGCCCGAUCAACGCAAGGGACGCAAUGGCUCCCACGCAACUCUCUGGACCGAUCGUCGUUACCACCGAUGAUCCCGGCGUCUGCAAUCCGCACGCGAUUUAUCAGUCGAAUGGAACCAAUCAGCGAUACAAAAGCAAGCGUCAGACCGUUCUGCUCGUGCAACCAGAGCCGUACACAUCCAAGACGUGCGGCCAGUGCGGCAAUCUCAACGAUCGUCUUGGCUCAAGUCGCACCUUUGCUUGCUCGGACCCGGAGUGUCAGUACGUAGCCGAUCGUGAUCACAACGGCGCCUAUAACAUGGCCAUUCGAGCCAUUCGUCCCGCGAACUAG